GGCUGGCCAUGCCGGGGUCCGGGGCGCGGGCGGACGGGGACGCGGGCCCGUCGCGACUGUGCGGGUUUCUGCAGAAGCUGUCGGGCAAGGGCCCGCUGCGCGGCUACCGCAGCCGCUGGUUCGUGUUCGACGCGCGCCGCUGCUACCUGUACUACUUCCGAAGCCCGCAGGACGCGCUGCCCCUCGGCCACCUGGACAUCGCCGACGCCUGCUUCAGCUACGAGGGACCCGACGACGCGGCCGAGCCCGGCGCCCAGCCGCCCGCGCACUUCCAGGUGCACGGCGCGGACGGCGUCACGGUGCUCAAGGCUCCGAACCACCAGCUCAUGGCUUACUGGCUGCAGGAACUGCAGCAGAGACGAUGGGAGUAUUGCACCAACCUGGACAUGCUCAAGGGGGACCCUGGGGCCCCACCAGCGCCUGGGGAAGUGUCCACGGGCCUUGUGGCCAGAGACAACACAGAUUUAGUUUUCCCACCUCUGGAUGCUUCUGCAGAGAAAGCCAGGACCGUCUUAGCCGUGGAAAAGGCCUCCAGAGAACUGGUGGGCGAGUGUGUGACUGGGCAGCCAGGCCCCGCUCAGCCCAGCUCCAUCAACUUCUCUCUGAGGCAGUGGGGCACGGAGCUCAGAAAUUCCAUGUCUUCACUCCGGCCUGGGAGAGGCCACAGUGAAGGGCGCAAGAGCGUAUUUUAUACCAAUGAGGAGUGGGAGAUUCUGGAUCCCAGCCCCAAGGAACUGGAGGAGUCCCUGGUAGUCCCGGAGGAGCGGAAACGCCAGGGACCUGAAGGGAACAAAGGAGUCACUAGCUUCCCCUUUGAUUUGGGGCGUCUUCCCUACAAAGCAAAGCGCCCCAUGAAGGACAUGAUCGGACUGUACAGAAACCGGCAGAGUAGCAGCAGUGGCUACCCGGCGGGUGAAGGGCUGACAGGCAGUGCCGAGCAGCCGCAGCCAGUGGCGGUGUCGGAGGCGCAGAGCCAGCAGGACGAGCUGGUGCAGCUGAGGGAGGAGCUCUCCAGCCAGAAGGAGCUGGUACGGUUGCUGCAGCAGACGCUGCGGUCCUCCCAGUACGACAAGUAUUUCACGAGCAGCCGGCUGUGUGACGGGGUCCCGCAGGGCUCUCUGGAGCUCCUGCACCAGAAGGACGCACAGAUCCUGGGCCUGGCUGGGCAGUUGGAGCGGCUGGGCACUGAGAAGGAGAGCCAGCAGCAGGAAGUGCGCACACUGAAGCAAAAGGUGGGCGAGCUCAGUGAACAACUGGGGAUGCUGCUGGAGACCAUCCAGGCCAAGGACGAGGUCAUCAUCAAGCUGUCCCGGCAGCUCAGCGAGGACAGCGUCACCUCCAGCUCGGGCCCUGGCUCACCCUUGGGCCCCAGCAAGGACCUGCUGGAGCUGGACCGGCUGAAGGACAGUCUGCAGGGUUAUAAAACGCAAAACAAAUUUCUGAAUAAGGAAAUUCUCGAGCUCUCAACUCUGCGAAGAAAUGCGGAAAGGAGAGAGAGGGAGCUGAUGGCCAAGUACUCCAGCCUGGAGGCCAAGCUCUGCCAGAUAGAGAGCAAGUACCUCAUCCUGCUCCAGGAAGUGAAGACGCCUGUUUGCUCCGAGGCGCCCGGGCCCGCCCGUGAGGUCAUCGCCCAGCUGCUGGAGGACGCCCUGCAAGUGGAUGGGCCUGAGCAGCCAGAGCAAGCCCUCCUCAAGCCUCACCUGGUCAGUGAAUACGACAUCUACGGGUUCCGGACUGUCCCUGAGGAUGACGAGGAGGAGAAGCUGGUGGCCAGGGUUCGUGCCUUGGACCUGAAGACACUGCACCUGACAGAGACCCAGGAAGUGUCCACAGGGGUGAAGUGGGAGAACUUCCUGGCUAGCACCGUCAACCGGGAGAUGGCCUGCUGCCCCGAGCUCAAGGGCCUGAUCCGCACAGGCAUCCCACAUGAGCACCGCUCCAAGGUGUGGAAGUGGUGUGUGGACCUGCACACCCGCAAGUUCAAGGACAGUGCCGAGCCUGGCUACUUUCAGUCGCUGCUGGAGAAGGCGUUGGCGCGGCAGAACCCAGCUUCCAAGCAGAUUGAGCUGGACCUGCUGCGCACGCUGCCUAACAACAAGCACUACGCUGGCCCCACCUCCGACGGCAUCCAGAAGCUGCGCAACGUCCUGCUGGCUUUCUCCUGGCGCAACCCGGACAUCGGCUACUGCCAGGGCCUCAACCGAUUGGUGGCAGUGGCUCUCCUUUACCUGGAACAGGAAGAUGCUUUCUGGUGCCUGGUCACCAUUGUGGAGGUGUUCAUGCCCCGAGACUACUACACAAAGACACUCUUAGGGUCGCAGGUGGACCAGCGGGUGUUCAGGGACCUCAUGAGCGAGAAGCUGCCCCGCCUCCAUGCCCACCUCGAGCAGCACAAGGUCGACUACACGCUCAUCACCUUCAACUGGUUCCUGGUGGUGUUCGUGGACAGCGUUGUCAGUGAUGUGCUCUUCAAGAUCUGGGACUCGUUCCUCUAUGAGGGGCCCAAGGUGAUCUUCCGCUUCGCCCUGGCACUCUUCAAGUACAAGGAGGAGGAGGUGCUGAGGCUGCAGGAGCCCAUGGCCAUCUUUAAGUACCUCCGUUACUUCACACGCACCAUCCUGGACGCCCGGAAGCUGAUCAGCAUCUCCUUUGGGGAUCUGAACCCCUUCCCACUGCGACAGAUCCGAAACCGACGUGCCUACCACCUGGAGAAGGUACGGCUGGAGCUGACGGAGCUGGAAGCCAUCCGAGAAGACUUCGUGCGGGAGCGGGACGCCAGCCCCAACAAGGGGGAGCUGGUCAGUGACGAGGAAGACACCUGAGCCUGCCUCGCUGCCACAGAAACUAGCACAGCCCAUGUUGCAAGACUCUGAUCUGGUCACAGCUGCCACAGCCUGUCCACAGGCAUCCAGGCGGAGUACUGUGCAUUUAGACCAGGGGGCUUGCCGGUAGCGGGUACCCUGCACCCCAGCACUACUCAGCACGUGGCUUCCAGGGCAGAGGGCAGGCCCCCUCAGGAAGGCCAACUAUCCUCUUCAAAAUGGCUGCUGGAUUCAAAAGCAUUGUCCCCAUGUUGCAUGCCAUGGUGUGUUCCCUACAUGUGGGGCGCCCAGCAGCAGCCCCCCAGCUGGUCCUGGUGAGGGCCUGGGGUCAGCAGCUCCCAUGGGUCCUAUAGAGGCAGCCCCCAAGAAGGGCUGAUGGUCAUGCAGGCCCCACCAGGGGUGUCAAGAACUCAAUGUUAAUCUGAGGAUGUCAGUUCGGAGCAGGUAGGUCCAAAGCACUGCUGGACCCAGCUCCUGGGGUCCCACACGGGAUUUCCCAUGUAGAUGGGGAGGUCUUCAGCCAGAGUCUCUGCCAGAUGGCACAAACUUCUCAAGGCGCUGGGACACUGCCUCAGAGGAGCUGGGACAGCUGUCGUUGCUCUGAGCAACAGCCGUGAUUCAUGAACAGGUGGAAGUGGGGAGGAUAUUCUGGGGGGGCUCCUCUCUGGGAGUGUGAGGGCAGUGGGGACAGGACGGAGCUGGCUCCUCCAGAUCAACCCACUCAAGGACCCCUGCAGCCCAGCCAAGCUCCAGAAGUUGGGGGCGGGGGAAGGGCAGGCGAUUGGCACAGCGUGCCUAUGUUUUGUACAUUUUCACUACAGUUUCUAUUUUUAUAGGCUUUUUUUACACCCAGGUUUACCUACAUUGACGUGCUCGUGGUGGCUAAUGCCCUAGGGUGCUGUCUGCACAGUGUAUGCCUUCAGACCCUUCCCCGCUGUGCUGCAGUGCAGUGUGGCAGCUCUUCCCUGGGGGCUGUACCCAGUGCUGGCCCAAAGGGACACUACCCCAACUUGGAGCUCAGACCCUGACCCCACAUGUGAUUCGGGACCAUAUCCCUGUCAUUGUAUGUUCUAUGUAAGCUGCCUUCGAGCUAAAGUCAGAGUUGUCAUAGUAAAAGACAAAUAAGCUAA